AUGAGUACUAGAUCAAUUGCUAAAAUUAUUACUGCAAGACUGCAACCGGAAGGUGCUGGAGCAACUGUUAGAAGAUCAAUUGGUUCAAUGGGAAUGCAUAGACAUGAUCCAUUUUUAAUGUUUGAUCAUAUGAAUAGUGCUGGUACAUCAGGUUUUCCUCAACAUCCUCAUAGAGGUCAAGAAACUAUUACUUUAGUAUUAAGAGGUGCUAUUGCUCAUGAAGAUUUUACUGGUAGUAAAGGUAUAUUAUAUGCUGGAGAUGUUCAAUUCAUGACUGCUGGUAAAGGAAUGGUUCAUAGUGAAAUGCCAGUAUUAAUUGGUGAUAAAAAUUCAAAAGAUAAUGUUACAGAAAUUAUGCAAUUAUGGGUUGAUUUACCAAAUUCUGAAAAAUUAAAAAAACCUUCAUAUAGAGAUUUAAAAGAAUGGGAAAUUCCAGAAGUUAAAUCAGAUAAUGGAAAAGUUAUUGUUAAAAUACUUUCAGGAAAAUCUCAUGGAGUUGAAUCUCAAAAAGAUUUAGCUACUACUCCUAUAAAUUAUUAUUAUUAUAAAGUUAAAGCUGGAGGAGAAUUUAAACAAGAAUUACAAAAAGGUUUUAAUUAUUUCUUAUAUCUUUUAAAAGGUAAUACAUUAGUCUUAAAUGGAGAUACUCAAGUUAAACAAUAUCAAAAUGUAUUCUUUGAAGAAGAUGGAGAAUAUAUAACUGGUAAAAAUACCGCUAAAGAAGAUACUCCAGAAAAUGAGUUAGAAUUUGUUUUAGUUGGUGGAAAAUCUUUUAAACAAGAAAUUGUUCAAUAUGGUCCAUUUGUUGCAAGUUCUAAAAAUGGUAUUCAACAAGCUAUAAUGGAUUAUCAAUAUCAACAAAAUGGAUUUGAACAUCUCAAGGGUUGGAAAACUUUAAUUAGUGAUGGUGUUACUCAAGAAAUGAUUGAUGGUCCAUUAGAUGGAAAUUUGGAACAAAGAGCAAAACAAAAAGAAGCAUUUUUAAAAAAGCAAAAAGAAAAACAACCUCAAAACUCUGAGGUUGCUAAAGAUGAACUUUAA